CUAUAGUCAGUGAUGACGCCUCCGUUACGCGUCCGUCGGUUGCCGUUUGAAGCUCCACUUCACUCUCUAUAUAAGCGUACCGAGACCAGGGAAACAAACCCACGAGAUCUCGGAGAGAUUCACCAUGGCAGCUUGCGUGAAGGAGGUCCUACCACCGACUCUUGAUUCUACUUCCGAACCGCCUCCCAUCUUUGAUGGGACCACCAAGCUGUAUAUAGCUUAUAUUUGCCCAUAUGCGCAACGCACCUGGAUUGCUCGAAACUAUAAGGGAUUGCAGGAUAAGAUCAAAUUGGUUCCUAUUGAUCUGAUGAAUAGGCCAGCUUGGUACAAAGAAAAGGUUUACCCGACAAAUAAGGUGCCUUCAUUGGAGCAUAAUAAUGAGGUCAAAGGAGAGAGUCUGGAUUUGCUUAAAUAUAUUGAUCGCCACUUUGAAGGCCCUUCGUUGCUUCCAAGUGAUCCUGGGAAGCAGCAAUUUGCAGAGGAGCUGCUGGCUUACAGCGAUGAAUUCAACAAAAUUAUGUACACAGCAUUAGCUUCCAAGGGGGGCGUGGGUGAUGAAGCUGGUGCUGCUUUUGACAAGAUAGAAGGUGCCCUCUCAAAAUUUGAUGAUGGACCAUUUUUCCUCGGCGAAUUUAGUCUCGUGGAUAUUGCAUACAUCCCGUUCAUUGAAAGGUUUCAAACUGCAUUUUUGGAUGUUAAAAACUAUGACAUCACCAAAGGCAGGCCCAAGCUGGCACAAUGGAUUGAGGAGUUCAAUAAAAUAGAUGCCUACUCACAAACCCGGGUUGAUCCUCAGUUGCUACUGUCUAUCUUAAAGACUCGUCUUGGGAUUGCAUGAAGAAUUCUUCUCGUCUUCUGCUGGUAGCAGCAGAAUUUGAGUUGAAUCAAUGGUAAUAUAGCAUGGUUCGUGGGAGCUACUUCAGACAUAUAAAUGAUCUCAAUAAAUAAUGUCGGUGUUGGUAGUUUAGGCAUUGGCAUACUAGUUGGAGUACCUGUUUGCGGCCUUUGCAGCUGAAGCUUGUGUACGCUGUAUCGUGUUUCUUUCAUGUGUUGAAUGGUUCUUGCUGAUGUAAUAAGAGUACUUGAUGCAAUAUCGUCAUCAUGUGGUUGUCCUCUUCAUGGUUUGUUGUUUGUCCUCUUCAUGGUUUGUUGUCUACGAAUGUUCAAUAGGUUGCUUGAUAAGUAAAUAAAUAGAUGAAACAUGUAACCAAUAGUUUUAAUAAAAUUAGACGCAGCUCUAUUCUAUCA